AUGAUUUCAUGGGAGGAAGAAGUUAAGGCUAGGGAAGCUAAAAUUGCUGAAGAAAGACUUCAGCAAAGGAUUAGAGAUAGAAAAGAAAAAGAACAACAGGCAAUAGAGGAGGAACGUAGACGUAAGGAAGAAGAACAUCAAAGAGAAAUUGAGGCUGAAAAAGAACGUGCUAGACAAGCGGCGUUAGCACAACAAAAACAAAAAGAAAAAACAAUUGCUGAUACUGAUGAAAAUUGGAGAAGGAGGCCUGAUAAUAGUGAUUCUCAAAAAACAGCACCUUCAGUACCAAGAGUUAUUGAACGAAAAAAUAUUCCCAAGUCAAAUCCAUAUGGAAAUGCUAAACCACUUGAGGUUAAAAGAACAACCCCGCUUACUGAUAAUCCUAUGGGUAGUGUAGGAAAAAGAGUUAUUGAAUCUGGAAAUCGUGGUUUUAAUUAUACUAAAAAUAUAAAAACAGAAGCUGAUGUUGAUGAUAAUUGGCGUAAAGGACCUGCACCUUCUUCAGUAUCAAAUUCUUCAAGUUCUGCUCCACGUUCAGGUAACAAUGAACAUCAACAACAAAGUAAUAAUACUGAUAGUGAGGGAUGGAGUAUAAAUUCAAAUAAAAGAGCAUCUUCUGGAAGACAGGAAAACACAACAUCAACAUCCAGCGCCUAUCGUCCACCUCAUAAACAAAUGGAUAGAGGAGAUAAUCGUCGUAGUAACCAAACAUAUGGUAAUAAUACAAAUACACGAAAUAUUGGGUCUAAUCGUAGUAGAAAUAACCAAUCAAACACAGGAGGAAGUGAUUCAAGUAGUUGGCGUUAA